GACGUGGUAAGAGCGAUAAAGCCUGCUGCUGGUCGAGCUGGCCAUAAUCCGCAAGACUACGCCUCGCACUCCCUUCGAAGUGGCAGCGCUACGGCGCUGUUUAAUGCUGGUUUUGAUAGUCUGGCAGUGAAGCUGUUUGGGAGAUGGAAGUCCGACGCAGUCGAACGAUACACGCGCAUAAGUGGGCAGUUGACAUCGCGGAUGGCGUCGCAAAUGCUGCAGAAGCCCGCAUUGCAUCAAGUUUAG